AUGUCUGAAAUAAAGGAGAGCAUGUCUGUGUUGAAGAGUUCCCUUGCUAAAAAAGAUAGUGAACUCAACUCUUCUGUUGCUGCCCUGUAUGUCGCAAAGAGGUCUACUUCCGUCUUGAACGCAAGAAUGCUGACAUAUCCCAAAGUUGUGACAAACUUCUGGCCAAGUUUGACACCUAUCACAAGGCUGUUUAACGAUCCAAGUAUGAGGGGGAAUGAUUGA